UCUAUCUGAUUAAUUUUCCUAUGUAUUUAUUAAUGUCAGAGUUCUAAACCUAUAACCAACUUUCCAGGUUCCCUGGUAACUCACCAACUCCUCUACACCAUUCUCUCUUCUUCUGCAGCAGUAAACAUUUGACAACAGCAAAAAUAAGGGGGAUUGCAUUUCUUGAUUGUUUUGCUUUCCUUCAGUUGAUAUGGGCGACGGCGGCGGCGGCGAAAAGAGUCUUCUGCACAAACACCUCCACCUGAUCCACCAGCACCGCCAUAAUGGUGGAAAGAAUCAACAAGUGAAAGAUGUGCCAAAAGGGUGUUUGGCGGUCAUGGUUGGGCAAGGAGAAGAGCAGCAGAGAUUUGUAAUUCCUGUGAUUUACUUCAAUCACCCACUGUUCAUGCAGUUGCUCAAAGAAGCAGAAGAAUAAUAUGGAUUUAAUCAAAAGGGCACAAUUACUUUUCCUUGCGAUGUCGAGGAAUUUCGAUCUGUUCGAGGUUUGAUUGAAAAUGAGCACAACUUCAGCCACCACGACCAUCGUCAUAUGGGCUGCUUUAGGAUUUCGAGGGACUAUAAAUAUCAGAAUUCUGGGGUAGCUUUCUUAAUUUUGGUAUUUGUCUUUCUGAGUUUUUGUCCUGUGGUAGGUAAAGGUAGUUUGGUGCAGUAAACGAUAACGUUAAUGGCAGAAGCCAUUGAUGACAAUGAAGACAGCGUGCAUUUAUUGCUUGCAGUUUAUGUUUUU